AUGUUCCUGCACAUGGCAAGGCAAAAGAAACCUUCCAGAGGUUUGACGUAUUUGGGCCCCAGUCAACCUACCGAGGGAGGUUUCUUCUUCAACCACGGAGGCAUCCUCUCUGGUGACUUCAACCCCGAAACAUUCAGCUUGACCUCUUCAACAACCUCUCUUCUGUCACUUUAUCCACUGAGAUGUCCUCCCCACCACUUCGACCACCUUGACAGCCUUCUCAUCAUUUCAACUACUGAGACGUCCUCUCCAGUGGCUUCAACCCCUGAAACAUCCACCUCAGCCACUGAGAGUACAUCCGAGAGCAGCGCAACCGCUCCUGCAACCACCUCUGCCACUGAAGGCAGCGCACACUCCUAUCCAGCCAUCUAUGCCCCUAAAACAGCCUAUCAAGUCGCCUCUGCUCCUGAAAGUGCAACAUCACAUAUAGCCAGCUCUGAAAUUAUUGAGAUGUCGUCUCCCACUACUCCAACAACUUCAGUCACUUCAGCGCCAACGCCAGCACUGUCAGCUAACCUCUGGUGCUUUGCUCUUCCCUUUUAA